AUGGAGGAUGGGGUACAGUACGUGAAGCUUCUGUGUGGACGUGACAACUGUUCAGUGCCUUUAAACCUGUCAUACCUUUCUUCCUGGCAAUCACAACACCCACCGCCACUAUGGCCCCAUCUCUCAUCCCCUGACCUCUAACCUCUGCCCCCUGCUCUCUCUACAGGUCAUCCGUAAGGGCUGGCUGACCAUCAACAACAUCAGCAUCAUUAAAGGUGGGGCCAAGGAGUACUGGUUUGUCCUGACUGCUGAGAGCCUGUCCUGGUUCAAGGAUGAUGAGGUGAGUUAGUCAACCCUCUUCAGGGUGGGUUAGUACAGUAGUCAGUCACAGUAAGUUUGAUGCAGUUUAUGGCUAGAUUUCUGGUGAUGAUAGAUUGGAACACUAUUUCCCCUCAAAUACAGCCCUCCUGUCUGGUUAAUGUCUGGCAGAAGGGAGGGCAGGGUAAACAAAUGGUAGAAUAUACAUAUUUGAAUUCCAAUGUCAUAAGAGUCUCUUUUGUUUGAUAUCUAUGUAGAGGACAUAUUAUAAACCAUACCUUCUGACUUCCCACUGAAUCACAACUCAAUGGUCGUUCCCCAUUGGCUCUUUAGUGGUGUUUCCCCUCCCCUUGAGAUGCAGGGUGCUCCUUGAUUGGCUGGAUGUUGCGUCCAUCAUAGCUUGGUGGGCUGGUGUCUGUCUGCCUGUCUGUGCCUGCUGUACAGGUUCCAGGAAGUUCUGCACAGCAAGUGUAGACAGGCAGACACACGGCAACUCCCGGAGUCAGCCAAUCCAUGCACUGGUCAGCAGAUGACAUCACAUAGGUCAUAGUUGAUAGGAUCACAAGCAGUCCACAUAGUUUAAUCAUCUCUAUAUACAGUAUGUGGUCGAUACACAGCAAUAUUCACUGGACAGGACUCAAAAGUAUUUUAUAUCCUCUUCCCGCUCUCUCUUUCUGUUUUUGACUUUUCCCCAUCUUUUCUUUCUGUCUCUCUUUCUCUCUCUCCACCUCUCUCUUUAACUCCGCUGGGAGUUAAGGCAUUUGGUUUUCUUUUGCACAAUUGGAACAAUCCCAAAUCAAACCACUGGUCACACAUACUCACACACCUAUACAAACACACACAUCUACACACAAACGGUUAUGUGUUGGCUUUAAAAGGCAUUAUUUGAUGAUUAAUACGUCUAGACUUUAACUGGAUGGAUCGUAGACAUGUCUCAUGUUGCAUUGACUCUCAAGCAGUUCUGACAUUCAACCAAGCAUUUCUUUACUUUUUCUUGUGCGUUUUACUAUAUAUUUAUUCUACAAACACACACACACACACACACACACACACACACACUUGAUUAGAUUUUGAUUUGACACACACACACUCUCUAGCUCCCCCCCCCCCUCUCUUUCUUGGUGCAGUUGGCAGUUUCUCUGGAACAGCACACAUUCUUGGCAAGUUUUUAAUCCAAACAUCAGCCUCCAAUGAUUCAGUGGGGAGAAAUCCCCUAUUAAAUUACAAUAUUCCUCCCUCUCUGUUUCUGAACCUAAUACCCCUUCAUUAUCCAAACCAUCUAUCAGCAAUACCGACCCACAGCCUCUAAAAUACCACCCUAAUAGUACAGUAAAAGCAUUCCCAACACCAUUGCUAAUCCUAGCAAGCAUACUACACCCAUCACUAAUUCCAAUCCCUAUACAGUAUACAACCCCUAAUACGGUACUUUACCCCAACAAAACCACUGAUUCCUAUACAUCCUCUCUACUACCAAACCACAAGGCCUCUCCCCUAGUUGCUUUAUUAUAUCAUCAGUGAAAUCAUAUUAUUAGCUGAUUGCUGCUUGCACACACUGGGCAUUAUGAAGAUCAUCUUCCACACAAUAGUUUCAUCACAGAAUUAAAUUCUAUAGUAUUAUAUUUAUCUUUAUGAGUUUGACUGUAUAUUUAGGCAACAUAGUUACUGUAACCGCCCAACCCAACACCAAUGAAAUACUAGAAGUAUGUGUUUGUAUUUGAAGCAGGAGUUAAUGGAUGGAUUGACCACUGUUCUGUGUCUGAUUCUAUGGAGCCGCUGCUGCUCCUCCCUCUACUGCACCAGAGCCAAUCAGGGCUGAAUUCUUUGUGCAAAGGAGCCUACACAUUUCUAUUGCUGUUGUACUGUACAUUUAGCAGAAAGACUGUUCCAAGGACAUAACAACACAUUGGUCUAGACCUGACUAUGAAAAAAAAAAUGUGUUGCAUAAAUAAAAUAAGUCUUAAAAAUGCAGUUAGAACAGUCACAAAGUACAACUAGGAUGACCUAGUGAGAACCGAUACCCAACACACACAGAAUAAAGAGGACUAAUCAUAGAGACGAGCAAUCAGUAUUGGAAGAUGGUCGAUGGUGGAGUGUGGCUAAUCAAACCCACUCCUUGAAAGCCAAUGUUUCCACAAAGAGAAGAGAAGUGCUUCCCUGCCCAGUCUAACCAAUGUGCAGACUACUGUACACCAGUAUGACAAUGAACAGGUAGUCUGAACACUGGGAGGACGGAGCCGGACAGACAGACUCAGAGUGUCAGGCCCCUCAGACACUGACUCUCUGCCAUUCCAUAGGCAGUAGGGCUGCAUGGUCGCUGCUCUUUGCCUUCCUCCCUCAUCCUCCUCCAUUUUGGCAUCAAGCGGUAGUGAUCUCCCUCCCGAACCCCCAUAACCACUGUUUUCUUUUCACCCGUCUGCGUCGCCUCUUCUCCCCCUCUCUGUCGUUUGGUUGUUUGUUUAUUGUGUUUUUGUGUGUCGCUCCCCUCGCGGUCCGUUUGGGCCAUGCCAGGCAAAGUAUCCAGGCUUGACGUGGCACAUUCACUCAGAUGACCGACCGGGACAGACUGGCUGAGCACUCAGGGAGGGGAUAUUACGAAAAAGAGAGAGGGAAAGAGAAAGGGAGGGAAAUAGAGUGAGAGAGAUGGAGGAAGAGGGUGGGACCCAUGUGGCCAUAUAUGGGUUGGAGUGACCCCUUGGGGAAUACAACCUAGAGAGGUCUGCAAAGUGUAUUUUUCAUUUCUUGUUUUCUACUCCCCUUAUUUUGUCUAGUAAUACCCUACCAUCGCUCUGCAGGGGGUCAGAUCUGGGCACCUCUGUUGUACCACUUUUCUAAAUCCUUUGUUUUGUUUCUUCUUCAGGUCUCCCUCUCUUUCUUAACUUCACUCUGGAAGUUCUUCCCUUCCCUCCUUCUCUCCUUCUCUCCUUCUCUCUUCCAUUUCCUCCUUCCCUCCUUUCCUCCUACUUCCCUCUUCUCUCCUUCUCUCCUUCUCUCCUUCCCUCCUUCCUCCUUCCCUCCUUCCUCCUCGUCCUUCCCCUUCCUUUCCCUCCUCUCCUUUCUCUCCUUCCCUCCCUUCCCUCCUUCUCUCCUCUCUCCUUCCUCCGUUCCCUGCUUAUCCUCACCCGCUGUCAUUUCUCCUCCUGCUCCUUCCUUUCUUUACAAGUUCUCCUAACUCGGCUUCAUUUAUCUCCCUCUCCUCUCUCCUUCUCUCCAUCUCUCUCUCUAUCCCCUCUCUCCUCUCGCUACCCGACAAAUCAGGCAGGAAGUGGGCCCCUCUGGAAUGGAAGGAAAAAAUAUUGAAGAAAUAAGAGGGGAGGGUUAAUAGAGAAGAGAGAGAGAGAGAGAGAGAGAGAGAGAGUAGAGAGAGCUCUCUUGAUGGCCGAUGAGCCUGCAGUACUCUCUCUCUCCUCUCGUCUAGACUCGCUCUCUCUCUCUCGUCUCUCUCCUCCUCCUCUCGUCUCCCUGUUCUCCUUGUGCCUUUUUCUUCCUGGUGCUCUUUCCUUUGGCUGGUGGUGUGUGCUGGCCUUUUCCAUUCCUUUUUACUCUCCAUCUUGACUCGUUGCACCCACCUUUAAAACAAGCAGCCCUCUGCUUCUUCUGACGUCCAUGUGUUCACAUGCACACUGCAGAGAGUCCCCCGAAUCCCCUGUAUUUCUCAAAAUCUGUCUUUCCGUAUCCCAAGGUUUCCUCCAGCCCCAGCUCCCCCUUCCGUAACCAGAAGGUUUCCUCCAGCUUCAGCCAACCCUCCUGUAGCCAGAAUGUAUCCUCCAGCCCCAGCUCCCUCCUAGCCGAGGUUUCCUCCCCCACUCCCCCUCCCAUAGCCAGAAGGUUUCCUCCAGCCCCAGCUCCCCCCUUCCCAUAGCCAGAAGGUUUCCUCCAGCCCCAGCUCCCCCUCCCAUAGCCAGAAGGUUUCCUCCAGCCCCAGCUCCCCCUUCCGUAGCCAGAAGGUUUCCUCCAGCCCAGCUUCCCCCCUCCCCAUAGCCAAAGUUCCUUCCCCAGCCCCAGCUCCCCCUCCCAUAGCCAGAAGGUUUCCUCCAGCCCCAGCUCCCCUUCCCAUAGCCAGAAGGUUUCCUCCAGCCCCAGCUCCCCCUCCUUUACAAACAUACCGUGGAGAACGACUGUGUCUUGACCAACACACUAAUGACUUCCACAUGUAGGCUCUCUCUCUUUCUCUUUCUCUCUCUCACCCUCCCACUCCUCCCCCGCUCUACCUCCCACUCUCAUUCUUCCUCCCUUCUUCCAGCUCCCCUUUAUCUCCCCCUCUGUGCUCCCCCACCCUCUCUCCUCUCCCCUGCACUCCCCAUAACUUCCUCCUCUCCUUACCCUUGUCUCCACAUUCCCCUUCUCUCUCUUUCUCCCUGGAUCAUCGCCCAACUAAGCCAAACCUCUUGAUUACAAAUCUAACUGAAAAAUAUACAUAAUUUGACACACAGAGAUCAGACAGCAAUCAGAAAAGAAGUAUGCAUUUCCCUGGCAUGGUUCUUUGCAUUUGCUUGUUUACAUUGUCAAACCUGAUGGUUUCUUCCUUUCUGUUUGUGUUUCUCAGGAGAAGGAGAAGAAAUACAUGCUCCCUCUGGACAACCUGAAGGUGCGCGACGUGGAAAAAGGCUUUAUGUCCAGCAAGCACGCCUUCGCCAUCUUCAACACAGAGCAGAGGUUUGGAACCAGACAGACACAUCCUAAUAAAGUUACUUUUAAUAUUGUAGCGCUACACUCUUCAAAAAAAGGGUUCCAAAAGGGUUCUUCGGCUGUGCCCAUAGGGGACCCUUUUUGGUUCCAUGUAGAACCCUGUUUGUUUCCAGGUAGAACCCUCUGUGAAACCCAUAAGGGUUCUACCUGGAACCAAAAAUGGUUAUUCAAAGGGUUCACCUAUGGGGACAGCCGAAUAACCCUUUUAGGUUCUAGAUGGCACCUUUUUUUCUAAGAGUGUACUUUUACUUUAAAUAUUCCUACUUUAGUACCACUACUUCUAAUAAUAAUAAUACAGAUUGUACAGGAAGACAGAAACCCAAGAGUCUGGUGGGCUUCUUCUCUUCCUAGGCUUUAUUUAACUAGAUGGGCCUGCCACCCCUGCCUUGACCCCUAAGGUCAGUGUAACUAACUUCCUCCUCCCCUCCCCUGUGUUGUGGUCCAACAGGAAUGUGUACAAGGACAACCGUUUCCUGGAGCUGGCCUGUGACACUCAGGAUGAGGUGGACAGUUGGAGGGCUUCUCUCCUGCGCGCUGGAGUCUACCCCGAAAGAUCUUCUAAUGUGAGUGACUACUGCACGGGCCACCAGGGUUGGGGACAAUUCCAUUUCCAUUCAGUCUAUUCAUGAAGUGAACCGAAUUGGCUGAAUCUAAAUGGAAUUGACCCCGACCUUGGUGCCCACCACCCUGUGGCAUCACCCCAUAUUAGUCACUGACUCACUGUAAAUCCUGUCCACCACAUCUGCCCUGUUUGUCCUGUUCCGUAUUACCCAUGACUACCCCUCACUCCCUUCCCAUGUUGCUCUUCUGUUAUGUCAUAUCUAUCCUUAUUAUUUAUACAUUUUUCUUAAACCUGUGUGCUUGCAUGGUUAUGUACUUUGCUAAAUAUGCAUUUUGGAUGUAUAAUCCAGUGUAUGUUUUUACAAUUUAAAAAAGUCAUAUCUGUCCUAUCACUUCCCAAGUGACUCAUCAUAUCACUUGAAUCUCUCCAUCCUCUCGAUCUUUCUCCCUGAAGAUUGAUGUAAGUGUGAAGAUGACUAGUCACAAUAGCUGUAGGCUACAUCUUGUUGAUAUGCUACUCGUUCUAGUGACUCAUUUUUGCUAACAGAUUUUAGCCCUUUUUAAAAGCCUUUGAUGUACAGAGCUUUGUGAUUUCUGUGUGUAAUGAAAAUAAAGUUAUUAUUAUUAUUAUUUGUCAUUGAUAUACACAAGUUUUCUGCAUCUAAAGAUGCAAGCCACUAGCUCUGUAUUGCUAAAUACACGGGUGUUAAAACUAAAAGCCCUCUUCCUCCAGGUGGAGAGUGAGGGUGGCGGCUCCUCGUCCUCAUCCCAGGACAACUUUUCCAUGGACCCUCAGCUGGAGCGGAAAGUGGAAACCAUCCGCAACCUGGUCGACUCCUACAUGGCCAUCGUCAACAAGUGCAUCCGCGACCUCAUGCCCAAGACCAUUAUGCACCUCAUGAUCAGCAAUGUAAGGGACCUCUAUCAGACCUGGGUUCAAAUGGUAGUUGAAAUCUUUAAAAUAACUUCAGCGUUAGCUUGAGCCUGACUGGUGUGCAACGUUUUAGAUUUUUCUAUUGGUUUCUUUGUGCCAGGCAAGCUAAAUCAAAUCAAAUCAAUAAAAAAUGUAAUCACAUUUUAUUUGUCACAUAAACAACAGGUGUAGACUGUGACAGUGAAAUGCUUACUUAUGGGUCCUUUUCCAACAAUGCAAAGUUAAAGAUAAAGAUAAAAACAAUAUAGAGUAAAAAUAACAUGGCUAUAUACAGGGAGUACCAGGUAAUAACAUGGCUAUAUACAGGGAGUACCAGGUAAUAACAUGGCUAUAUACAGGAAGUACCAGGUAAUAACAUGGCUAUAUACAGGGAGUACCAGGUAAUAACAUGGCUAUAUACAGGGAGUACCAGGUAAUAACAUGGCUAUGUACAGGGAGUACCAGGUAAUAACAUGGCUAUAUACAGGAGGUACCAGGUAAUAAAAUGGCUAUAUACAGGAAGUACCAGGUAAUAACAUGGCUAUGUACAGGGAGUACCAGGUCAUAACAUGGCUAUAUACAGGGAGUACCAGGUAAUAACAUGGCUAUAUACAGGAAGUACCAGGUAAUAACAUGGCUAUAUACAGGAAGUACCAGGUAAUAACAUGGCUAUAUACAGGAAGUAUCAGGUAAUAACAUGGCUAUAUAUAGGGAGUACCAGGUAAUAACAUGGCUAUAUACAGGGAGUACCAGGUAAUAACAUGGCUAUAUACAGAGAGUACCAAGUAAUAACAUGGCUAUAUACAGGGACUACCAAUACUGAGUCGAUGUGCAGGGGUAUGAGGUAAUAACAUGGCUAUAUACAGGGAGUACCAGUACCGAGUCGAUGUUCAGGGGUACGAGGUAAUAACAUGGCUAUAUACAGGGAGUACCAGUACCGAGUCGAUGUGCAGGGGUACGAGGUAAUAACGUGGCUAUAUACAGGGAGUACCAAAUACCGAGUUGAUGCGCAGGGGUACGAGGUAAUAACAUGGCUAUAUACAGGGUGUACCAGUACCGAGUUGAUGUGCAGGGGUACGAGGUAAUAACAUGGCUAUAUAUAUAUAUAGGGAGUACCAGUACCGAGUCGAUGUGCAGGGGUACAAGGUAAUAACAUAGCUAUAUACAGGGAGUACCAGUAUCGAGUCGAUGUGCAGGGGUACGAGGUAAUUGAGGUACCUAUGUACAUAUAGAUAGGGGUAAAGUGAGUUAAUGCAGAUAGUCCAGGUAGCCAUUUGAUUAGCUAUUUAACAGUCUUGUUUAGCAGUCUUAUGGCUUAGAAGUAGAAACUGUUCAGGGUCCUAUUGGUUCCAGACUUUCUGCACUGGUAAAUCAAACAGGCCGGAUUACUGUAAAGCACUAGCUGACAAUCGUUGCUGUAAUAAGGGCUUUAUAAACAUAUUUGAAUGAUUCAUUGAUUUAUCCAUCAAUUCUCUCUCCUGCCACCAGGUGAAGGACUUCAUCAACGCGGAGCUGCUGGCCCAGCUGUACUCGGCCGGGGACCAGGGUGCCCUGAUGGAUGAGUCCCAGGAACAGGUCCAGAGGAGGGACGAGGUCCUCAGGACCCACCAGUCCCUGAAGGAGGCUCUGGCGAUCAUAGGAGACAUCUCCACCACCACCAUCUCCACCCCUAUGCCGCCCCCCGUGAACGACUGGCGCAGUGGAGGCGGCAACAGGUAGGCAUCCUGGUAGUCCAUGGAUAAGGACUACCAUAGACCUUAGACAUUGAUCUAAGUAUAGUAUAGUGGAGUCAACUCUUGUUCUAAUAAUGGUGAAGAUGUUGGGUUGGCCAGUAAGAGACCCGGUUUUGCACUGAUUUCCACUGUUCCCAUAAAAGAGUGUUAUUUAUUUUUAUUUAUUACUUGGAUAGUGUUGCAAAAGAAAAAAAGGAAAUCACAAAUAAGUCUAUUUUAUCUGUUAUGUCAAGAAUAUGUCAUACACGAAAGGGCACUGAGGGCCAUAUCUCCCCUCCCCCAGGUCUCCUCCAACCAGCCCCACUGGUUCCAGGAGGAUGUCAUCAGGCCAGCGCCCAAGUCCCGGAGGGGGGCGAGGGGCUCCACCCCCUCCUAACCGCCCAGGACCCCUGGGGCCCUUCAACAACAGUGCUGACAGCCCCCAGGUCCCCAGCCGCCCCAACCGGGCCCCUCCCAGCAUCCCCAGGUGAGGCCAGGGCAUAUGUGUUCCUUUGUGGCUCAGUUGGUCAGCAUCAUCGUGAGUGCUAAGAGCAAGGGUUUAAUUCACACAGGGAUUACAAAUUAAAAAUGUAUGCACUCACUGUAAAUUACUUUGGCCUUUGGAUAAAAGGGUCUGGUAUAUAUACAUAGAGACCACAGGAGGUUGGUGCACCUUCGUUGGGGAGGACAGGCUCGUGGUAAUGGCUGGAGCGGAAUUCGUGGAAUGGUAUCCAUGUGUUUGAUGCCAUUCCAUAUGCUCCGUUCCAGCCAUUAUUAUGAGCUGUCCUCCCUUCGCUAGCCUCCACUGAUAGAGACACUGAACACUAUUUGGUACCCAUUACUAGUGGUAACCCUCAGUUUUUCCUGACCAUAUAACCUGACUCAGUUCCCUACAUCAGGUAUAGACGUUCCACUGUCUUACUUAAAGGGGAAUAUUUGAAUGCGUUAUUAUACUGAACAAAAAUAUAAACGCAACAUGUUAAGUGUUGGUCCCAUGUUUCAUGAGCUGAAAUAAAAGAUCCCAGAAAUGUUCCAUACGCACAAAAAGCUUAUUUCUCUAAAAUGUUGUGCACAAAUUUGUUUACAUCACUGUUAGUGAGCAUUUCUCCUUUGCCAAGAUUAUCCAGAUUAUCCAUCCACCUGACAGCUGUGGCAUAUCAAGAAGAUGAUUAAACAGCAUGAUCAUUACACAGGUGCACCUUGUGCUGGGGACAAUAAAAGGCCACUCUAAAAUGUGCAGUUUUGUCACACAACACAGUGCCACAGAUGUGUCAUGUUUUGAGGGAGUGUGCAAUUGGCAUGCUGACUGCAGGAAUGUCCACCAGAGCUGUUGCCAGAGAAUUGAAUGUUCAUUUCUCUACCAUAAGCCGCCUCCAACGUCGUUUUAGAGAAUUUAGCAGUACGUCCAACCGACCUCACAACCGCAGACCACAUGUAACCACGCCAGCCCAGGACCUCCACAUCCGGCUUCUUCACCUGCGGGAUCGUCUGAGACCAGCCACCCGGACAGCUGAUGAAACUGAGGAGUAUUUCUGUCUGUAAUAAAGCCCUUUUGUGGGGAAAAACUCAUUCUGAUUGGCUGGGCCUGGCUCCCAAGUGGGUGGGCCUAUGGCCUCCCAGGCCCACCCAUGGCUGGGCUUCUGCCCAGUUAUGUGAAAUCCAUAGAUUCGGGCCUAAUACAUUUAUUUCAAUUGACUGAUUUCCUUAUAUGAACUGUAACUGUAGAGUAGGGGCCUGAGGGCACACACUUAAUGUGUUGUGUUGUGAAAUCUGUUGUGAAUGCAUUGUAAUGUGUUUAAAAUUGUAUAACUGCCUUCAAUUUGCUGGACCUCAGGAAGAGUAGAUGCUGCCUUGGCAGCAACUAAUGGGG